AUGAUAGGUGGAGAACAUUCAAUAGCUGAAGAGCAUCAUGACAAUAUUUCGAAGGAUAUACAGGCUUUCAAUACGAAUGAUACGAGUAUAGUAGAUAAUCAGAACCCAAAUAUUGUUAGGAGAGGAGGACUCUCAGAAGCUAAUCUUCAAUCAUCUUGCUCAGAGCAACUAUCUUUGGGUAGUGAUUUAAGGUCGGGAUGCAAUUUGUUUGAGAAAAAAAGUCCAAAAGAUGAACAAUUGCGUGAAAAGGAGUCAAAACAAGCAUUAAAGUCAGUAAUGAAGCUUCAGAAUGAAAUUUUUAAUAUUAAUAACUCAAUAGUUUCUCAAGAGAAUGCAUAUAAAAACUCUUUGUUUUCAAACAAAUAUAUGGGUAAUAUUUUUAGUAGUUUCUCUCCUUUUAUUACAGGGAUCAAUAAAUUUACAAUUAGACCGAGAGAGAGAAGCCCUGAAGAAGUAUUGAAAAAUAUUAGAAAAAAAUCCCAGGAAUUUCAAGGUCGAUGCGAAUAUAUUAAAUACUCUACUCAAUGGUAUCUUUGGGCAAAAAGAAGGAAUGCGGAGAUUUUCUCUCAAAACCAUAUAGGAAAUGCAGAACAAUCAUCCUCCAACAUGUCUAAUGUCACUGGAUCUUCACUUUCAGGAGGGUCUUCUUCUGCAAACACAUCAAAUAAUGCUAACUCAUCUGUUCAGAAUAAUAUUGGACAGAUCUUCCAGUCUAACCAACUUAUACUACAAAAAGAAAUUCAAAAUAUUGAACAAUCUGUUAAAUUUAGGCUUGCAUUACAGUCUGAUAAGCCUUUAUUUACAUUCAAUAAUAAUAGUCGUUCUAAUCAACUUUCAGUUUAG